UAUUUCAACUUCUUCUACUUCUUCUUCUUCUGCUGGAACCUCUAUUACAAGCUCAUUUACAAAUGCAGCCAUCAUUAUUGGACAGAUUAUACUAGUUACAAUCAUUAUCGUAUUUUUAUUUAAAAAGGGCUGGAUCAAAAUAUUAAUCGGAUUUUUCAUGGUGGUUGUGUUACUCCUAUUGGGAUUCAUGACUUACUUAUUAAUCCUGCAAGUAUCAAGCUCCCCUUGAUGGUUACGAUAGCAACUAACUUUUCUUUUUGGGGAAAAAAUAGCAACCUAGUUCAAGUGUUCAUGAUACCAUUAGAUUAUGUGACGAUGGUAUUUGCAUUAUGGAAUUUUACAGUUGUUGGCCUAGUUUCGAUUUUCUGGAAAGGUCCAUUAUGGCUACAGCAGAUUUACUUGACUGUUAUGAGUUCAUUAAUGGCAUUUUCAUUAACAGGGCUAGAACAGUGGACAACAUGGAUUCUACUGGGAUUGCUUGCAAUAUGGGAUUUGAUCGCUGUUCUAUGUCCAUUUGGCCCAUUACGAUUGUUGAUCGAAAGCUCUAAAAAUCAGCAGCGUGAAGUGCCUGCGUUACUCUACUCUGUGAAUGCUGUCUGGCUGAUGAUGGCAUCAGCAGGAGAACACUUUAAUCAGCCUUCAUCUUCAGCUCGGAAUAGCCGAGAGUACCAAUCUACUGGUCAUCCGAUUACUAAUUCAGGGCAAAGAAUGAGCCAUGAUGGGUUUAUGCAACUGCAUGAUGAAAGUCAUGGGUCGAUCCUUACCACAGUACGAUCUACAAUGACUACAGAGAGUGAAAACAAGGACGAGGAGGAUGUCGAACGGAAUGGACUUAAGCUCGGUCUGGGUGAUUUUGUCUUUUACAGUGUUUUAGUUGCGCGCGCAGCAAUGUACGACUGGAUCACAACUGUGUGCUGUACGAUUGCGGUUUUGACAGGAUUGACGGCUACUAUUUUUUUGUUGGCUAUUUACAAGAAGGCAUUGCCGGCACUUCCUAUCUCUAUUGCCUUUGGUAUAUUGUUUUAUUUUGUUGCAAAAACAGUGCUCGUCCCGUAUAUAUGUGAACUUGUUGUAUUUGGUAUGAUUGGUUUAUAAUAAAAUUUUUAUACCCUUCCGCAUCCGAAUGUGUACGUGUGUGUAUAUG